GGUGACGUCACGUGGUGACGGCCCAUGGCGCUUCCGUACGUCUGAUCGGGGCACCGCCUACUUUGUCUGACAGCAGAAGAACCAGUUUUGGAGCAGCCUGUCAGCGCGUCACCCCUUUCGCGUCCAUAGGAGACGCCAUUGUUGCUUACCUUUUUGGCACAAAGGUCGAGCGAGCGCGGUCUUGACUCCUCUUUCCUUACGAAUCCUUCAGAACUGGAGACUACAACGUCAUCCUUACCAAGGAGCAGCCAAGAUGGCGAAGGAACUGAAUUAUGACGAUAUCGCGCAGUUUAUGAGCAGUGCGACCGGUAAGAAGGACGCCAAGCCCAAACCAGACGAGGCGGAGGCGCUGGCCAAACUCAAGAUCCUACAGGACUCACUGGAGCGGGCAGAGAAAGGAGAGGAACCAGUGAAAGACGAAGACUACGAGAAGAGGAAACAGGACAGACAAAAGAAGAGAGAAGAGGAAGGAAAACCACCGAAAGACGACGAUGAUGAUGAAGACGAGGAUCCCCACGGAAUCAUGGACAAGCUCAUGGCACUCGCCACGCCCAAGAACCUGCAGGUCCUGGAGAAGAUGGGCAUCUUAAAGAAGCUUGGUCCCCUCGGCGGCCUGCUCAAGAUGCUGGUGAAGUCCAACUCCAAGGGAGGGUCCGGAGGAGGUGGGGGAGGAAUGCCUGGUCUGAACACCGGGAUGCUCAAGAAUCUUGGAGGUCUGGGCGGGAUGCUUGGAGGGGGAGGCGGUGGAGACAGCGGCGGCAGCGGCGGUGGUGGCGGCUUCAACCCCGCGCUACUAGCGGGACUCGCCACGCAACUAGGCGGCCCGGACUUGGGAGCUAUGGGAGGAGGGAAGGGGGUUCUCAGUAAGCGUGGCGCCGUGGAAGAUGUGCAAGAUGAUAACGGACUGAAGGACCUGGCCAAACAACUCGUGAAGAACAGGGGGUCCGGAUACAUCGACUGUGACAACAUCCUGGUGUGGGAUGCACUGCUGCAGGAGGAAGAGAACCAAGAGCGUACCAUCAAGACAUGCGGCCUCUGCUCUGACGACGAGUUUCUGAAGAUGCACAUGGAACUGUUUGAGAAGCACUGCGGUUACGGCAAAGGGGGAUUUCCCCCCAUCUGCUUUAACCCUGCCGGAUGGGAGAACCUCCUGUACAGCUUCAAGGAGGAGCAACUCGUCAAAGCAUGCGCUCUGUGUGACAACGGGAUGUUUAGGAGGGUCCAUCCUGAGAUCUUCGGGGACCACUGUGAACUCGACGAAGAGGAGGAGGAGGAGGAUGGGAAAGAUGAAAAGGACGAGGACGCCAGGGGGACAGCCGAGGAGGAAGAUGAGGAUGAUGAGAAGGAGGAGACCAGAGGGACAGCUGAGGAGGAAGAUGAGGAGGAUGAGAAGGAAGAAACCAGGGGAACAGCUGAGGAGGAAGAUGGGGAGGAUGAGAAGGAAGAGACCAGGGGGACAGCUGAGGAGGAAGAUGAGGAGGAUGAGAAGGAGGACACCAGAGGGACAGCUGAGGAAGAAGAUGGGGAGGAUGAGAAAGAGGAGACCAGAGGGACAGCUGAGGAAGAAGAUGGAGAGGAUGAGAAGGAGGAGACCAGAGGGACAGCUGAGGAGGAAGAUGGGGAGGAUGAGAAAGAGGAGACCAGAGGGACAGCUGAGGAAGAAGAUGGAGAGGAUGAGAAAGAGGAGACCAGGGGGACAGCCGAGGAAGAAGAGGAGGAGGAUGAGAAGGAGGACACCAGAGGGACAGCUGAGGAGGAAGAUGGGGAGGAUGAUGAGAAAGAGGAGACCAGGGGGACAGCUGAGGAGGAAGAUGGAGAGGAUGAGAAGGAAGAGACCAGAGGGACAGCUGAGGAGGAAGAUGAGGAUGAUGAGAAGGAGGAGACCAGAGGAGCAGCUGAAGAAGAAGAGGGGGAGGAUGAGAAGGAGUCUCGGGAGGUUGAGCCUGAUCAUGAUGAAGAGACCCGAGGGAAACUGGACUUUAUCGACAAGGGUAAGACCGACGAUGACCUUGUCCUGGCGGUGCAACAGUUCGUGAGGGACACGGCUAAGAACAUGGAGGAUCUGGCCGAUCGGCUGGUCCGCUACGAUAGGAAGCAGAAAGUCAAAGAGUGGGAGCCUUAAAGGAUGCUCAACUUUAGGUUCAUAAGAUGUUUACUGAACAAAGUGAGAUACAAUGGUGUACUAGAGUGUUCUUCAGAUGUUUGCUAGCAGUACAGAAUGAGAUACAAUAUUACAUGCUUACCAGUUGCAGCAAAGCUUAGGGACAGAAAGUAGUAAGAAUUAAGGAAUUUGCUUACACAAGAAGAAAGUAAAGGGGUGGAAGCAUUAAAGGAUACUAAGCUUAAGGGUUCGUCAGAUGUUUACUGAGCAAAAGGAGUUGCCAUGUUAUACUAGAAAGCUCAUCAGAUUUUUACUAUCAGUAGAAAAUGAGGCACACUAUCACAUGCUAACCAGUUGCAGCAAAGUCUAAAG